AUGCUGCUGAAGGCGAAACUACAACAAGUACACCAGCUGGUUGCGGAGGCAAUGCGAUUGCAGCGGAUAUGCGCCGAGCUCAAGCACAAGACGGACCGAGUAAGGUCAACCCUGCCGUCAGGACAAGGCGACCAGCCAUGUGACAUCGAACAAGACAUUGUGACGGCCGAAGCCCGAGGCCCACUUCCCGACGCAGAGUUUGUGGACAGUGUACAGACCUUCUAUGCUAACACAGCCACCACAUGCGUACUCAACGCUCUGGGUGAAGGAGAGUCGUUGCACGAUGUUGCGCAGAGCAUAUACCAAGCUGCUAGCGAGGCGAAUGCGUCCGUGAUUGCGUACUUUGCGCCGUUGUACUCUGUAAGUGGGCUGUACGGAGGUUCGGUACCAGACUCACGUGUCGGCAACCAUGGCAACAGUUCGGAACCGAGUGGUCUCGGCCCACAUCUCCACACCGGCACCACCACCAUGCGCAGUACAGAUCGGUUGUUGGACGUGGUAUGUUCAGAGAUAAGAAACAAGUGGGAUGUGGUUGUGUACAAUCUGCCUAAGUUCCUCGGGGCAACCAGCAGGACCCACAAAGUAGCCGCUAGCUCAAUGCACGCGCUGAUACCGUUUCUACAACGUGUGUUUCUGUGGCGAUUGUCCGAGGCGGCAUGUGCUAUGGACGCAUGGACACACAGGAGACCAGUUUUAGCGACGACGCAUACUGCAACGUUGAUGCUCAUACUAACAAGCACGGUGGUGCGUGUAGGUCUGUCGGUGCGUGUACGGGGUUGA